CUCACUCACCAAACGCGUUUUUUCUUUUCGCAUAAACUAUGCAGAAGACGAAGGAGAUGGUAGAAGAAGAAGAAGAAGAAGAAGAAGCUUCAUUUCCACUCAAGAAUCAAAACCCACAACCUGAAAGCAACAGCCAAACAGAAAAGAUACAGGGCAACGGACUCAAUAAAAGAGAAAAGAGAAAAAAGGAAUAAAUGGUUUUCGAGCUGUUAAAGUUAAUUAAAUACUCGUUUACUACUUCACAGGCCAGUCUCAGUCAAUCCCUCCGUCAUAAAAAUUGUGGGCUUCUUUGCUUGAAUCUAGCGAGUGAGUAACAACAAUGUCUUCUCCACUUCGGUUUCAUAUCUCACACUUUGUGCUGCUGAUCCUCGCCAUUUUCUCGCUCUCUCAUCCUGUCAGAGCUACUGAUGAGAAAGCGCAACUUCUUCAAGAUCUCAACAAAUACCGGUCAUCCUUAAGCCUAUCAGCAUUGAAGGAGAACAGCAAUGCAGACUGCUUUGCAGAUCAAAUUGCUAAGCAAUAUAAGUCACAACCUUGUAGCAACACGACGGGUGCUGACACUGUUCCAGGCACCGAGACCCAGUUUUCCAACUAUCCAGACCUUCUGGCUAACUGCAAUCUUAACACAACCAACACAAGAGAUGGAACGGUAAUGCCUGCUUGCGUUCCUAACUUGGACCCAAGUCUUGUACUCACCAACUACACAGAGACACAGUACAAUGGUUAUCUCAAUGACAGCAAAUAUACUGGAGCUGGCAUUAAUUCUGAAGGUAACUGGAUGGUCGUCGUUCUGACCACAGACACAGCCGGAGGGAGUUUUGCCCCUGAAACCAGCUUGGCUCCAAAAAUUGGUGUAACCUGCACUUCACUGACUUUGCUCUUGGGCUUCUUUCUUGUUUUGGUGAGUUGGAAGCCUAUAUGAUGAAUCCUUGGAUAUAUAUCCUAUUUUUUCCUUUUGUUGGGCUGAUGUCCUUUGCGAGUUUCAGUGUGCUUCAUGAGUCCUUAGGAAAAUGUAGGAUGAGAAACUGUCAAACAGGAUAUAGGAGAUUGUUAGAGAACUACAGAGAUGAUGUACCAGGAGGUCAGAUUGGAAGAACAUCUUUGUGAACUACCACACCUUCUGAAAAUUGCUAGCACAAUGUCUGUGUAUUUUGUGUGAUGAUCACAGUCGAUCCUUCUCACGGCAGUGCCCUGCCAUUCAUAUUGUUGUGGAAUAUUUUGCCUUAAGGGCAGUGAUUAAGACCAUGUUCUUUGAAAUCAA